UGCUGUGGAUGUGAAGCUUAAAACCUGAAAGUGUAUCUUUAAAGAUAGAUUUGGACGUGUAAAAUGGCAUCUGAAGGUUUUACUGAGGUGGACUUCACUUGUCCUGUGUGCUUUGACUUCUUCAUAAAUCCUGUUGUUUUGAACUGCAGUCACAGCAUCUGUUCAGACUGCAUCCAGGCGUUUUGGGAAAGUAAAGGAAUUAGGGAAUGUCCCAUGUGCAGAGAGAUAUCGACCGUGAAUGAUCCUACGUUAAAUCUGGCUUUGAAGAACCUGUGUGAGACCUUCCAACAGGAGCAACGUCAAAGAUCUUCAUCAGGAGCUGAAGCCGUCUGCAGCGCUCACAAAGAGAAGCUGAAGCUCUUCUGUCUGGAGGAUCAGCAGACCGUGUGUUUGGUGUGUCGAGACUCCAAACUACACACAGACCACACUUUCUGUCCCAUAGAUGAAGCCGUGAACAAUAAUAAGGAGAAACUCAAAGCUGUACUGGAACACUUACGGGAGAAGAUGGGAAUAUUUGAUAAUUUUAAACAGACGUUGGAUCAGACUGCUGAUAUUAAUAAGGUUCAAACUGAAGAAACAGAGGAGAAGAUCAAGAAGGAGUUUGAGGAACUUCGUGAGAUUCUGCGCAAUGAAGAAGUGGCCAGAAUAACAGUACUGCGAGAGGAAGAGAAGCAGAAGAGUCAGAUGAUAAAGGAGAAGACUGGGAAGACCAGCAAACAGAUCGUAUCUCUCAAAUGUGCAAUCAGAGACGUAGAGGAGCAGAUGAAAGCUGAAGAUGAUUCAUUCCUGCAGAACUUUAAGAGCACACUGCAAAGAGCCCAGUUUAGCCUGCCAGAUCCGGGGAAUGUUUCCGAUUUGCUGAUCAAUACCCAAGAAUACCUGAGUGACCUGAGGCUCACUGUGCUACAGAAGAUUGACAGCUCCAGGGGGGACCCCAGUGUAAGAGGAGGCCACAAUAUCAGACGGGGCCACAGUUCCAGAGAGGGGCCUAGUGUCAGGGGGGACCCCACUUCCAGAGGAGGCCCCAAUUUCAGAGGGAGCCCCAGUAAUAGAGGGGACCCCAGCUUCAGGGGGGGGCAUCAUUUUAAGGAGGACCACAGUAACAGAGGGGACCUCAGUUUCAGGGGGGAUCCUAGUUUUAAGGAGGACCCCAAUUCCAGAGGGGGACACAAUUUCAAAGGGGGCCACAGUACCAGAGGGGACCCCAGUUUUAAGGAGGGCCCCAAUAACAGAGGGGACCCUAGUUUUAAGGAGGACCCCAAUUCCAGAGGGGGACACAAUUCCAAAGGGGGCCACAGUACCAGAGGGGACCCCAGUUUCAGGGGGGGCUACAAUUUUAAGGAGGACCACAGUAACAGAGGGGAACACAGUUUCAGAGGAGGUCACAAUUUUAGGGGAAACUCCAGUUUCCGAGGGGACCACAGGGGCCACAGUACUGGGGGAGCACAUAGAUUCAGAGGGGGCCGGAAUUACAGAGGGGCCCUUAAUAACGAGGGGGCCAAAGUUCCAGAGGGUGCGGAGGAGUUCCAGGGGAGCCCCUGA